GGAUAUUGUACGUGACUUCGCAUUUCAAAGUCAAAACAAACAAUUCCACGGAAGCAAUAAUUAAGAAUACCACCCAUUCCUCUGGAAAGGUAAGAGAUAUGGAAGGAGAUAAAGGAACAGUAUGCGUGACUGGAGGGAACGGUUACGUUGGCUCCUGGUUGAUUAAACUGCUUCUUGAGCUCAGUUACUCUGUUCAUACCACUGUUAGAGCUGACCCAGGUAACAAGAGAGACCUUAGCUUCCUCACCAACCUAUCAGGAGCAAAUGAAAGGCUUAAAAUCUUCAUAGCAGAUCUUAAUGAUCCCGAGAGUUUUGGUACUGUCAUCGAGGGAUGCAAAGGAGUUUUCCAUGUUGCUGCUCCCAUGGAUUUCCAGGACAACGAACCCGAAGCAGUUGUGACCCAAAGGUCAAUCGAUGGAACAUUAGGCAUCUUGAAGACAUGCUUGAGAUCAAACACAGUGAAGAAAGUUGUAUACACUUCUAGUAUUACCGCCGUAUUUUUCAACAAGAUCAAGAAUGUGGAGAUUAUGGACGAGAGUUAUUGGAGUGAUGUGGAUUACAUUCGAUCAGAAGUUAAGUCAAACUUGAGUUCUUAUGCCAUUACCAAGACUUUGACAGAAAAAGCAGUUCUUGAAUUUGCAGCACAACAUGGAUUGGAUUUGGUUUCCAUCAUUCCUCCUAUGGUUCUGGGUCCCUUCAUCUGUCCCAAGAUGCAUGUUCCAGUGCACACCGCAUUGUCUCCCAUCCUAGGGAGUAGGAAAAACAAUAAUCUUCUUCUCAAUCUUGCAAUGGUGCAUAUGGAUGAUUUGGCAAGGGCAUUCAUCUUCCUGCUUGAGCAUCCUGAGGCAAAAGGAAGGUAUAAUUGUUCCUCUGAUACGGUUACUGCUCCAAAGAUAGUUGAAAUUCUUUCAACUAACCAUCCAGAAUUCCCAAUUGUAGACACCCUGGAAGGAAUUGAAGGUGCUAAAUUGCCUGGUUUGUCAUCAAAGAAGCUCUUGGAUUUGGGUUUCAGAUUCAAGUAUGGGGUUGAGGAUAUAUAUGAUGGAAUUAUUAAAAGCUGCAAGGAGAAAGGCUUUCUCUAGGAAGCAUAAACAUGAUAUUUAACGUUUGCGGUGUGAGCAAUGUGUGGAUACCAAGGAAGUGAUCCAAGUUAGGGUUUAAUAUUUGCAUAGGUGGUAUUAAUAUUAUUCUUUGAACUGUGGGUAUAAGGCAAUAUGGUUAGACUAAGAUCAAUUAUUAUUGUGGUCCUUAUGAUAUUUUAUGGGUUUAGUUGUCUAGCCCUUUUGAUGGAUGUUAUAAUUAUUUCAUUGGUAUUGUUUUGGUUUAAAUAUUUACUAUGUUGAAGUGCCAUGAACUGUUUAUGUGGUCAAUUGACGUUGAAAAAUGUGGUAGAACUGUUGCAUGAAUUUUACGUUAAUGUUUUGAUUACUUUCAUA